ACCGGCCGGGAUGCGGCGUAUACGUGGCGACUCGCACCAUUGCUUUCCAUUCAAUUUCGAUUCGAGCUACCAAUAGUGUAUUUCUUACAUCAUCACUGUUAGCUGCUGCGUCUAAAUACAAGUCGAAUUCUUACAGAAUUAGGGGAGAAUUAGAUAAACAACAAUGUCGUAUUGUCGCCAAGAGGGGAAGGACCAAGUUCUCUUCGUCACAAAGGAGGACCAUGAAACCCCCAUCAAGGAGGAACUCAAAUAUCUUGCUGAGGAAGAAGAACCAGAAGGUUUGAUCCUUGCUAAUGGGGAUAUCAACUGGAGUUGCCCUUGUCUUGGAGGCAUGGCCAGUGGUCCCUGUGGUAUGGAGUUCAGGGAGGCCUUCUCCUGCUUCCACUACAGCAUGGCCGAACCCAAGGGGUCUGACUGCAUAGACAAUUUCCGGAAGAUGCAGGAAUGCAUGGUCACCUACCCUGAACUGUACCCCAUGAACGAGAAGUCAGAUCCUAGUGAAUCUGCGGACAUUGUACAAGAAGCGUCUCAAGAAGAGAUUGAAAAGGACCAAGCAAAAAGUGAAACGGACAAGGAGAAUGUCAGCUAACGUGUAAGGAUAGAAGAGGGAAAAAGCUCUGGACUUUUAUACCUUUUUUACCUGUUAUAAUUGAUUUAUCCAAUGAAUAGGAAUCAUACUGCUGUUGAAGUCACCGACAAAAAAUAACUUGGUGCUGAUAUGACUUCCCUGCUCGGUGAAGAAGAUAUGGCAUUCUUUUGAAAUGCAAUUGCUUCGCUAUGGCAUUAUAUGGAAUAACCCUAAUUACAUUCUCCAAACCAGUCACCAAAAUUUGUAGAGUGUCUCAAUUUCCACUUCUUAGCUGCGUCACAUUAUUGGCACUGUGGAGAAUAUGGCCAAUACUUCUUGGGGUUUGCUGCAGGAGCCUAUUUCAUGUGCAUUCAGUUGUUAAUUUCAAUUGCAAAUUAUUUUUGUUAUUGCUUGGAACAUCCAUCGUUCAAUUAUUUCAAGAAUUAUGAAUAAUUAUAGGAUGUAAAAUUGACUUGCAAUUGAAUGCAAGUUUCUUGCAGUACCCCCAUACUUUACUUUGUUUACUAAACCUCAUAUUUUAUCUGGGAUUUGACAAAAUUUAGUUCAAAUUAUUUUUUUUAUAAUGCAAGAGUAAUAAAUGAGUGCAGCUAUAAGUAAUGAGACCAAUCACCAGGACAUAUUGAUUCAAUCAGAAAUUCAAUCAAUUUCAGUGCUGUUUCAUGGUGAUGAAUAUCUGUAUGUUAUUACAGGGCUCGACACUAGCGGCGGUCCGACGGUCCCAGACCGGUAAAAAUCGCUGUCGGGCCGGUAGAUUUUCAAAAAUAGGAAGAUUUACUGGUCCGACAUGACCAGUAAAAAAUAUCAUUGUCGGGCCAGUAAUUUUUCCAAAAAUAGCAAGAUUUUAAGGGUCCGACAUGACCAGUAAUGAAAACCAUUGUUGGGCCAAUAACUUUUCCAGAAAUGGUCAAAUUCACUGCAAACCAUUUCCCCCCGACAAAUUCUGUCAUUCACACACAGAAUACACACAGAAUGAAUUGCACGUAAGUGUUACUAGAGUAGAUACAGUGUACAUGUAGCCAGCCACACAACCCAUGUGGUAAAUUCUCUACUGGCUGCGCGAACGAAACUUUGCUAAACUCUGGCAGAAAUCUCUCACAGAACUAUCAAAAUUCACGGUUCAUACUCAUGAAAGGCUCUUAUAAUGUCCAUAUUUCCUAAAAAUUGGAGUAACUCUGUCAUUUGUAAGCAGUAAAAGGAGAAAUUUUCACUUCUGUUUGGUUCAAACAGAUCGGGUUUCGGGUGAUAUCGUCUGAAUACAUAUUAGCCCCACAUAUGCAUUUAUGUGUGUGUUGAUACACUUGGUUUCUGACUUUCUUUCGUAGCUAUUUUAAUUGAGCCAAAAAGAUACUGAUAAAUUAUUUAUCAUGAUAGUUUUAGCUUUCUUCCUCUGUUUUCUUCCUAUCUUUCUUUCCUUCUUUCUUUUCAAUCUUUCUUUGUUUCUUCCCUCUCUUCUUUCAUUUUUUUGGUACUGUCUUUUUUUUUUAUUUUCCCUUUUUUUCUUUAAUUCGUUCUUUCAUUCUUUCUAUCCGUAUAAAAAAUAUUUUUCUCUAUUUCUUUUUUCUCUCUCUCUCUUUCUUUUUUCUUUCUUUUUUUUCUUUCUUUCUUUCUCUCUUUCUUCCUUCCUUCCUUCCUUUCUUUCCUUCCUUCUUUUUACCCUUUUCUUUCCUUCAUUCUUCGUUACUUUCUUUGUUUCUUUCUUCCUUCCAUCCAUCAUUUAUUUACCCUUUCUUGUUUUUUUUUAUUUCUUCCUUCUUUCAGCUCUCUCUUUCAUUCAUUCCUUCCUUUCUUCUAUCUGUCUUGUUCUUUCCUUUUCCCUUUGUUAAAUCUAUCCUUUUACCUUUCCUUUCUUCUUUUUUUGACUGCUUGCUUCCUUUCUCUCCUUUAUUCUUUCAUUCCUUCCUUUCUUUGUCUCUCAGUCUUUUUUUUUUCUUCCUUUCAUCUAUUCUUUUACUUUUUCUUUUUAUAUUGCUUGCUUCUUUCCUUCCUUCCCUUCCUUUAUUUAUUUCUUUCCUUCUAUCUAUCAUUUUACCUUUCCUUUAUUUCUUCCUUGAUUCCUUUCUUCCUUCUUUCAAUCCUUCCUUCCUCUCUUUCUUUCUUUUGUCCUUCUUUCCAUCUCUCCUUAUACCCUUUCUUUUGUAUUGCUUCUUCUUUCUUUCCUUUACUACUUUCUGGAUUUGUUCUUUCUUUCUGUAUUGCUUGCUUCAUUUCUUUCCUUCAUUUCUUUUUUCUUUUCUUUCUUUCUUAUUUUUGUUCCUUCUUUAUUCCUUCCUUCCUUUCCUUCUUUAGUUCUUUCUUUUUUUCCUUCCUUCACAUCUAUCCUUCCUUUCUUGUAUUCUUUCUUUCUUUUCCUUCCUUCCUUUCUUUCUUUCUUUCUUUCUUUCCUUGUUUCGUUUCUGUCUUGCUUUCUUUUUGUCCUUCAUUCCUUCUUUUUAUUUGGGGGGGGGGGGGGUAACGAAAGGCUAGAAAAAUAAACUUGCGCCUUUUUUUUUAAUGUUUUCUUUAUUUUUUUGGACCAGUAGAUUUUAGGUUCGGACCAGUAAAAAUUUGAAAAACUGGGUAUCUACUGGUCCGACAUGAAUAGGUUGGACCAGUAGAAAAAAUGGGUUAGUGUGGAGCCCUGGUUAUUAUGUGGUUUCAAAAUUCGAAAAGAUCUAAAGUUGUUUGCUUCAGUUUUAUAUGAUUGUAAAGUGAGACCAAACAUGAAGUGACUGUUAAUUUUACUGAGAAUAUAUUUUCCAUAAGAAUGUGUAAACUACAGGAAUGAAACAAAGUGCACAUAUAGAUUGUAGAUGAUAACAACAUGUAUUGUUUCAUGUUGUGAUUCAUUUCUUGUAUCACUUUCACAAAAGUUUACUAUUUGAUGAAUAUUUUGUAUCAGUGCCAGAUGCUAAGGGGGAGGGGGAGUGCUGUCCAUUCUUCUUCCCUUUUGGUGGAGCUGGACAGCUGGUUGUUAUGGUGACUUAACCAUGCUCUUAUAAAGAACUUUUGCAUAUUGUUCUUCCUCAUAAAAUGUCAUCAGACUAAAAAAUAAGAUUGUCUUGCACCAAGUGUAUAACAAAUUAAGGGGCAAAAUUGAUUGUCAACUGAAUUCAUCAGAGUUUUAUUGGAGAUAUAAUGUACAUGUGCACUGUGGUUAUAAAGAAAUAACAAAAGUAUUACAAAUCUUUCUUUUGGAGUUGAAAGAUAGAUACAGUGUGCCUCAGCUUUGAUUUAAAGGAAACCUCUUAAAAUUUCAUGAGUGUCAAAGAGAUUGUGGCAACACUGUCCACAUGGUAUUAACUAUUAAGUUUAUAUUUUCGGAUGCUCCCUUUAUUUACCGGUAUACACUUAUUAGAGAUCUUCACAAUGAAGUUAAUACAGCAUAGAAAUGGGUGAAGUGAACAUGUAUUAUUAUUUGAGAUAUAAAGAAAUAAUCGGUGUGUGAAAUUGGUUUCACUUUUUCUUAGAGAGGUCCAAUGCAGUUCUUGUAAUCUUGGAUAAAGUGUGUAAUUUUUUAUAUAAUGAAGGUCAUGCACAGCACAGUAACUUCAAUGUGUAAGUUUGAAAUGAAACCUGUCAUGUAACAUCUGAAGGUUUCCAUGGCAAAGAAGAAUAGUGUAGUAGCGGAGUAGGUUUCACGAUACACCAUGUAUCUUUCAUGGGCAAUUGUUGAUCCUGAAAAGGCAUACAGCACCUUGACAGAAUAUACAAAUACAAUACCUGCUUUUACAACUUUGCUCAUUCUCCCGAAGACGGCAAGAACACACUAAUUGUAACGUUGAGUUUGGGUGGUCCUUUUUAGGACCAACAGGACCAACAAGUGCCCUAAAAAUAUACAUUGUGUACUGUGAUACCUGUCAUGUUAUAUAAUUAUCAGUUCUAAUAUAGAUGCUAUUUCACUAUGGUCUUUUGAUCAUCUAUUAAAAUUGUAACCUUGA